GCUCGGGGACUUCUUUCUAAAAUUAACGCCAAUUUAAAUUACACUUCGGCAUGCGGGCCUGCUGUCUGCAGUGUGCUGCUAGUCGACUGCUCUUGCGUUCUAUCAAUCGCUCCAUCGACCAUGUUAGAUCCGCUUAGUGUUCCUGUGCCAGGCAUUUUAGCGUCCGCGACUUUCCUCCAAAUGGGAAAAGAAAGUCAAGAGGCUACCGUCCGUCUGGGACCUGCACAAAAAGGCGGGAGGAGGGGAGGGGCCCAUGCAGGAGCAGUAGGCAUCAAUUUGACCGGGUUGAAAUGAAUGGUUUCUGGCAUGAGUGAUCGAUAUAGCUCAGUGUCAAAAUUAAAACAUACUGAAGGGAUCCACACAGAGCAUUCAACACCGUUCGAGAAGCGGGCUAUUGAUGCAUGCCGCAUUGGAUCUGAGCGACAGUCAAUAGUGGCAAUUCCUUUUGAUGGCUGGAGAUUUCAUACCACAUUAUUUGCAUUCAUUCAAUUUGUUGUUUGCCAUCCGUGCCUCGAGGCGGGCUAUCCCCACCCUCCGGAUGGGCUUCCGUGCCGGCGAAGGAGACCCGGUGAAGCCCUCUUUUUUCCCAAAUAGCAGAGGAUCUGCUUGAGUCGUGAGGCUGUCAAUCUCUGACGGGGCGGGGAUUUCGCUACACAAGAUGUCUGAAUUAUUUGGACAGUAACUCCUGGAAAGAUGGAGGGGUUUUUCUCCUUCU